AAAAGCAAGUCAGCAAAAAUUUAUCUGUGCUCUUUGGUUUAUCUACGGUUAAGGGUGGGAGUUCCUCUUUGUUCAUAUUUAACAUUUAAUAUUUAUUAAUUUGUUCUGCAUAUAUUUUCCUUUAUUUAGUUUUGUGACGGUGUUGAUAUUUUUUCGCCGUUUCAAUGCCCAAAAUGGAGCCAAUCAUUGUUACUUCUCCAGAAGCAAUGAACCGAAAGAAACCAGUAAAACUUCAUGGCCCACCUUCACCUAAAUUAUCUUUGGGGGAAGAAGCAAAACUGGUAUUUCAGGAAAUCUCCCCGAUACCCACAAAAACUCCCGUGUCUGUUUUACAAGAAUUGCUGUGCAGACGUGGGAAAACCCCCAAAUAUGAACUUGUUCAAAUCGAGGGAGCUAUUCAUGAGCCUAUAUUUCGUUAUCGAGUGUUCAUCAAUUCAGAUUACAUGGCAACAGGAACAGGGAGAUCUAAGAAAGAUGCCAAACAUGCAGCAGCCCAAAAACUCCUUGAGUUAUUGGUUGGAAAAAUUACACUAGAGCAAGCAAAUGCCACUAAUGAUUCUCCAGGCAAAACAGACACAACAACUCAAGUGGUAUCACCCUAUGACGAUAAAGUUAUGGGUAAUCCAAUUGGUUGGCUUCAAGAAAUGUGUAUGUCUAAAAGAUGGCCUCCACCAUAUUACAAGAUGGAACAUGAAGAGGGUUUGCCUCAUGAGAGGCAGUUCACUAUUGCAUGUCAGGUUCUUAAAUUAAAAGAAAUUGGAACUGGAAAGUCUAAGAAAUUGGCCAAGAGAAUGGCAGCUCAUAAGAUGUGGCAGGCCUUGCAAGACUUGCCACAGGAGGGAAGUAAUUCUACUUUGGAGGAAGAUAAUUCAACCUCAAACCCAGGCACGUUGCAGGAACAUUUUGCUGCUCUGAAAGAUAGUAAAAUUAAACAGCUUACGCCCCAGCAUUCACAUAAAAUAUCUUCAUUUCACAAGAAUUUGAAGCAGCGUCCAGGAGCCAAGCUAUUGGAAUUAGCAGCUUAUCCACUCUCUGAUAAAGGAUUAGACUGCAUUAGUUUCCUAUCUGAGAUAGCUAAUGAGCAAGAAUUUGAGGUCACCUAUGUGGACAUCGAGGAAAAGACCCACUCUGGCAAGUAUCAAUGCCUUUUACAACUUUCCACCCUUCCUGUCGCAGUCUGUUAUGGUUGCGGAAGCACCGUAAAGGACGCUCAAUGCAAGGCAGCGAAAAACGCCCUAGAGUAUCUCAAAAUAAUAAUACUUCAAUGAACGAAUAAGGAGACUGUUCCUCUCCCCGUGUAAAGGUCAUCUCUUCCACAUAUAUGUUCAAAACAAAAAUAGAAAAGACGCCGUUCAGUUUUUCGAAACGACUUUUUGCUGCGGCGUCGUAUUAAUGGAUGCAUGAUAAGCUUACAGGUCGGGCGUUCCGUCAAAUCAUUCCUAUUUUCAAAUUCUCCCAUUAUAUCAUUUUUAGUUAUGUUCCUUUCUUCGUUUUAAGAUAUGCUUUCUCGUCGUGGUUUUUUUUUUGGGUGGAGUCUAUUUUAAUAAUUUUUUUUAUAUAUCUACAUACAUAUAUAUAGUUGACAUUCAAUGCUUUGGUACAGGAGGUACUCAAGAUAUUGUUUCGGUACAGAGAGGUCCUUACUAUUUCAGUGAAAAUUAUUUAUUUUUUAAUCAUAUUGCAAAAAACAUUAAUACAUGUUAUCGAGGAAAAAACCUGUAAUCUUUUGAGGAAAAUUCUGUUUCGGGUUUUUUUUUUUUUAAUUUGCAUGUUUAUAGAAACUUCAAAUUACUGAAUCUGUAAGCUUUCUUUAUUCGGAUUGUUUUAUUUUUAUUCAAUGGGAACAUUUGGAAAUGGGGAUGAUUUGGCAAGCAGCGCCGUAUCUCAUGCAACAAAGUUUGCAACAUAUUUACAAGCUAUACUUUGCAUAGAAUUAGUGGUUUUUUUCGUGGAAUUUAAUUUGAUGCAAUAGAUUUACGAGUAGACACUGGUAUAAUCUUGACGUAUUUAAUUAUACAAGUGUUUAUCGAUGAGUAGAUAGCUUAGCAUUAAUUUUGGCACAGUCUCAAGACAUAAUUUCGUUUAACCCCUAUGUGCGUGCCAUUGACAUAAAUGAGUACUUAUGUAAAGGGAGCAUUUAUUUAAUGCAAAGUAUAGAGGUUGUACCCAAUUAACUUAUUUUAGAAUUAACAUAUAUGUCAAUAGAAAUAUUUUUGGACUAAUAAUGGUACCAACAAACAUUUACCUUUUCCAUUCUUCAUUCAGCAUGUUGUGUGAUGAGAUUCUUAAAUUUUGUUAUUGAUGUGUAUGCUAAUUAAAAAUAUUCCAAAGAUUA